GGUCGCUCUUUCCUCUCAGCGAUGGCGCCGCGGUGCCGCGCCCAGUCUCCCGCCUGCCGGCCGGUACUCACCACUAUCGGGAGCCCGCUCAGACGGUGAAAAUUGGAGCGGGUCCGAGGGAGCGGCGGGAGGCUGCCUGCGAAGGAGACCAUGAGGAGCGGCGAGACCCGUGGGGUCGAUAGCGGGAACAGCUGCUGCACCUGCUGAGAGGAAAGAGGGAGCGGCCCGGCGCAGCUGCGGGGCUGGGGCGCGGCGGAGGCUCGCCGGCGCCUCGGCCAUGUCGCUGCUCUGUGUGCGCGUUAAAAGAGCCAAGUUCCAGGGUUCACCAGACAAAUUUAACACAUAUGUGACCCUGAAAGUGCAAAAUGUGAAGAGCACAACUGUAGCAGUCCGUGGCGAUCAACCUUCCUGGGAACAAGAUUUUAUGUUUGAGAUUAGUCGUCUGGACCUGGGUCUAAGUGUGGAAGUAUGGAACAAAGGACUGAUCUGGGACACCAUGGUGGGGACUGUGUGGAUUGCACUGAAGACAAUUCGUCAGUCAGAUGAGGAAGGGCCUGGGGAAUGGUCCACGUUGGAGGCAGAGACAUUAAUGAAAGAUGAUGAGAUCUGUGGAACUAAAAACCCAACUCCCCAUAAAAUUUUGCUGGAUGCAAGAUUUGAGUUGCCUUUUGAUAUCCCAGAGGAGGAAGCCAGAUAUUGGACCUACAAAUUGGAGCAAAUCAAUGCCUUGGGAACUGACAAUGAGUAUUCUAGUCAAGAAGAAAGCCAGAGGAAACCAUUGCCUACUGCUGCCGCCCAGUGUUGUCACUGGACCUAUUUGGGCUGGGGAGACCAACAGACUUUUGAAGAUCCUGAUAGUGCCGUUGAUGACCGAGAUAGUGACUAUCGCAGUGAGGCCAGCAAUAGCAUCCCACCUCUUUACCAUACGACUUCCCAGCCCAAUGCUUCUGUGCACCAAUUCCCUGUGCCUGCGCGAUUGCCACAGCAGCUGCUGCUUCAGGGCAGUUCCCGGGACUCUUGCAAUGACUCUGUGCAAAGUUAUGACCUCGAUUAUCCAGAGCGGCGGGCCCUCAGCCCCACCAGCAGUAGUAGGUAUGGCUCCUCCUGUAACGUGAGUCAAGGAAGCUCUCAGCUGAGUGAACUAGACCAGUGUCACGAACAAGAUGAUGACCGCCGGGAGAGGAACUUGAUUCAUUCCUGCCACAGCUCUGGCAGCUUCUCCAGAGACAGCCAAGUAGGUUUUGGAGAACAAGAGAAAGCCUUGGAGGUGGCACGUGAAGAGGAGAAGGGAGGAGCAUGUGAACCCAAGGAGACGAAAGAAGAUGCUACAACCCCUCCACCCCCAGAUCUGAUGCUACACAGAGACCACAUCCUAGGCCCCCAGGAGAGUGUUCCCGAGGAGAGUGCAUCUUCGCCAUUUACCCAAGCCAGAGCGCACUGGAUCCGAGCAGUUACCAAGGUUCGACUCCAGCUGCAGGAGCCAAAUCUGGAUUCUCAACUGAAAAGCAGGGGCCAGCAAAUACAGGAGAUUGCAGAUGAUGGUGAUACCUCUUUGCCCCAGUGGCUCCCAGAAGGGCCAGCUGGAGGACUCUAUGGCAUUGACAGCAUGCCAGAUCUACGCAGAAAGAAGCCACUGCCGCUUGUCAGCGAUCUGUCAUUGGUCCAGUCCCGGAAGGCAGGAAUUACUUCUGCAAUGGCUACACGCACCUCUCUCAAGGAUGAAGAGCUGAAAUCCCAUGUGUAUAAGAAAACCCUGCAGGCCUUAAUCUAUCCCAUCUCGUGCACCACACCCCACAACUUUGAGGUCUGGACGGCCACUACCCCAACCUACUGCUAUGAGUGUGAAGGCCUGCUCUGGGGCAUUGCCCGGCAGGGCAUGCGCUGCAGCGAGUGUGGAGUCAAGUGUCACGAGAAGUGCCAGGACCUGCUCAAUGCCGACUGCCUGCAGCGGGCUGCAGAAAAGAGCUCUAAACAUGGAGCGGAGGACCGGACACAGAACAUUAUCAUGGCCAUGAAGGACCGCAUGAAGAUCCGAGAGCGGAAUAAGCCGGAGAUCUUUGAAGUUAUCCGGGAUGUCUUCAAUGUGAGCAAAGUUGCCCAUGUGCAACAGAUGAAAACAGUGAAGCAGAGUGUGCUGGAUGGCACCUCCAAAUGGUCGGCCAAGAUUACCAUAACUGUGGUGUGUGCCCAGGGCCUACAAGCCAAGGACAAGACAGGAUCCAGUGACCCUUAUGUGACUGUGCAAGUGGGCAAAACCAAGAAGCGUACCAAGACCAUUUUUGGGAACCUGAAUCCUGUCUGGGAGGAGAAGUUCCAUUUUGAGUGCCACAAUUCUUCUGACCGCAUUAAGGUACGUGUGUGGGAUGAGGAUGAUGACAUCAAGUCAAGAGUAAAGCAGCGGCUAAAGCGAGAGUCUGAUGAUUUCCUUGGCCAAACCAUCAUUGAGGUUCGAACACUGAGUGGCGAGAUGGACGUCUGGUACAACUUGGAGAAGAGGACAGACAAAUCAGCCGUCUCAGGGGCUAUCCGACUACAAAUCAAUGUGGAGAUCAAGGGGGAGGAGAAGGUAGCCCCGUAUCAUGUGCAGUAUACAUGUCUCCAUGAGAACCUCUUCCAUUACCUCACAGACAUUCAGGGCAGUGGAGGAGUCCACAUCCCUGAGGCUCGAGGAGACGAUGCAUGGAAGGUGUACUUUGAUGAGACUGCCCAAGAAAUUGUGGAUGAAUUUGCCAUGCGCUAUGGCAUCGAGUCCAUAUAUCAGGCUAUGACGCACUUUGCGUGUUUGUCAUCCAAGUACAUGUGUCCUGGCGUGCCAGCAGUGAUGAGCACCUUACUGGCCAACAUCAAUGCCUACUAUGCCCACACAACCGCCUCCACCAAUGUCUCUGCGUCUGAUCGUUUUGCAGCCUCCAACUUUGGGAAAGAGAGAUUUGUAAAACUACUGGACCAACUGCACAACUCACUGAGGAUUGACCUCUCUACAUACAGGAAUAAUUUCCCUGCUGGGAGCCCUGAGCGACUUCAGGACUUAAAGUCCACAGUGGAUUUGCUGACCAGCAUUACUUUCUUCAGAAUGAAGGUGCAAGAACUGCAGAGCCCUCCAAGAGCCAGCCAGGUGGUAAAGGAUUGUGUGAAAGCCUGUUUGAAUUCAACAUAUGAGUAUAUCUUCAACAACUGCCAUGACUUGUACAGCCGCCAGUACCAGCUGAAUCAGGAGCUACCUCCAGAGGAACAAGGGCCCAGCAUUAGGAACCUGGAUUUCUGGCCCAAACUCAUCACGCUUGUUGUGUCAAUCAUAGAGGAAGAUAAGAAUUCCUACACACUCGUUUUGAACCAGUUUCCUCAGGAGUUGAAUGUGGGAAAAGUCAGCGCAGAAGUGAUGUGGCAACUCUUUGCCCAAGACAUGAAAUAUGCACUGGAGGAGCAUGAGAAAGACCGGCUGUGUAAGAGUGCUGACUACAUGAACCUGCACUUCAAGGUGAAGUGGCUCCACAAUGAAUACAUGCGGGAUCUGCCUGCCCUCCAGGGGCAGGUGCCUGAGUACCCAGCGUGGUUUGAGCAGUUUGUCCUACAGUGGCUGGAUGAGAAUGAGGAUGUGUCCCUGGAAUUUCUGCGUGGGGCCUUGGAACGAGAUAAGAAGGAUGGGUUCCAGCAGACAUCAGAGCACGCACUCUUUUCCUGCUCUGUGGUGGACGUCUUCACACAGCUCAAUCAGAGCUUUGAGAUCAUCCGGAAGUUGGAAUGCCCAGACCCCAACAUCCUUGCCCACUACAUGAGGAGAUUUGCUAAGACCAUCGGGAAGGUGCUGAUGGAAUAUGCAGACAUCUUAUCAAAGAACUUCCCAGCUUAUUGCACAAAGGAGAAAAUGCCUUGCAUCCUGAUGAACAACAUGCAGCAACUGAGGGUCCAGCUGGAGAAAAUGUUUGAGGCCAUGGGAGGCAAGGAGUUGGACCCUGAAGCUGCAGACAGUCUGAAGGAGCUGCAGGUGAAACUGAAUACGGUUCUGGAUGAGCUCAGCAUGGUGUUUGGAAACAGUUUCCAGGUGCGGAUUGAUGAGUGUGUUCAACAAAUGGCCGACAUCCUGGGCCAGGUGCGGGGCCCAGGGAAUGCAUCCCCCAGCGCCCGGGCCUCAGUGACUCAAGAUGCAGAUAGUGUGCUCCGGCCCCUCAUGGACUUCCUGGAUGGCAACCUCACACUUUUUGCCACUGUGUGUGAGAAGACGGUCCUGAAGCGGGUACUGAAGGAGCUCUGGCGGGUGGUAAUGAAUACAAUGGAGAGGAUGAUUGUUCUGCCCCCACUUACUGACCAGACGGGCACCCAGUUGAUCUUCACUGCUGCCAAGGAGCUGAGCCACCUUUCCAAACUCAAGGACCACAUGGCGCGAGAGGAAACCCGGAGUCUCACUCCAAAGCAGUGUGCUGUCCUUGACCUCGCCCUGGACACCAUCAAGCAAUACUUUCAUGCAGGAGGCAAUGGGCUGAAGAAAACCUUCCUGGAGAAGAGCCCAGAUCUGCAGUCCCUACGCUAUGCCCUGUCUCUGUACACACAGACCACAGACACGCUCAUCAAGACCUUUGUGCGCUCACAGAUUGCCCAGGGGUCCGGUGUGGAUGAUCCUGUGGGAGAAGUCUCUAUUCAGGUGGACUUGUUUACACAUCCUGGAACUGGGGAGCACAAGGUCACAGUGAAAGUGGUGGCUGCCAAUGACCUCAAGUGGCAGACAGCCGGUAUGUUCCGGCCCUUUGUGGAAGUAACCAUGGUUGGCCCUCACCAAAGUGAUAAGAAGAGGAAGUUCACAACCAAGUCAAAAAGCAACAACUGGGCCCCCAAGUACAAUGAGACAUUUCACUUCCUCCUGGGAAAUGAAGAGGGGCCAGAAGCCUAUGAGUUGCAAAUAUGUGUGAAGGAUUACUGCUUUGCCCGGGAGGAUCGUGUUCUGGGGCUGGCUGUGAUGCCUCUGAGGGACGUGGCAGCCAAGGGCAGCUGUGCCUGUUGGUGCCCCUUGGGCCGGAAGAUCCACAUGGAUGAGACAGGCAUGACCAUUCUCCGGAUUCUGUCUCAGAGGAGCAAUGACGAAGUGGCCCGAGAGUUUGUGAAGCUCAAAUCGGAGUCUCGUUCCGUGGAGGAGGGGAGCUGAGCACCUAGGCUCCUGUGCCAACCAGAUGGCACCAGUUCCACAAGUCAGGGCUAGUGGGAGUUACUGUGUUUCUUAGGGUCCUCGUAGUCAAGAGGUUGACUCAUUCCGUUAAGGACGUUGAAGGAAAAGUUUGGGGUGAUGCGAGUAUGGCUUUGCACAGAAAGGGUCAUGAGUCCCUGACCAGCAGGUUUGUGAUGCUGGGAGCUGGGCUGUGGGGGUUACCAGGCAGGGAGAUUUUCCACAGACGGGCAGACGUUUCUGAGAGUGUCAGCCAUUCUUGGCAGAGGUUCUUCCACUCCCACAACCCUUCUCUACCCCUCUCCAUACCACACCUUAUCCAGUUAAAUCCGUACAUACCAAUCACUAGAAGAACAAGUUUAGAGGGCCUGGAGCUUGUGCCUAAUUAGGUAAGUAAUCAUUUGAGUCUACAGGUAUUGCUGAGCCCUGUGGUCUGGAUUGGAGUAUGGCCAGGGCAGGAGCACACAGAAUAGAAUUCAGCCUGUCCCUUGAGCAGAAUCUACUGGUGUAGAGUAGCUCAAGUGAGUACAAGGCAUUGAAACUGAACCAGAAACCUUUCAGAAAUGAGCUCUGCUAAUCCCUUGCCCAGAUUAUCUGUCAUGAGUAGAACCAGGUUCCCAUGGUGCUUCAGAGCCCUGAGCAGAAUUUCUUUGGAACCCAAGCACCAGGGGCCACCUGCCCAUGAGUCCCCCUACCUCACUCCUUUAGGAAGAGGAGUGAUGCUUCAGGACAUGAGAAGCUCUUCUUAAGUGUAUGCACCUGAGAGCUAGUUGAAGGAUCCAGGAGAGAGGACUGUAUUUUCUUCGUGAAAAAGCCCUGAACAAAGCCAAAAGUUGUGGAAAUCAAUCUAGAAAGAGUCCUCUUCACCUAUGGCCACUGCCUUCUGACGGUCCUCCCCCUUGCAGAAAGAAUCCAGCCUUUGUCCUCACUCCCCUUCAUCUAGGUCAGCUGCAGUUCCCCUCAUAGACCUUCAACCCUACAGAAGGAACUUGGACUGUGAUCCCUCUGUACCAGCUGGAUGAAGGGGGGGGGCUCAACACUCCCUGGGAGGUCAGAGACAAACUUUUUCCAGAGGGUCAUGUGGACUUCCCAGGCCCCUUGCUCAGAGAAGGGCCUUCGAUAACCUCAGUAGCAGCCUCUUGGACUUCCUGAGGACUCUGCAUUGUCCAUUGGCUAUUACAUGAAAUAAGAAACUAGGAAUCUUUGCUGUUUUAAAUUAUUGUAUGUGCCAUUGUUACAAGAGAUUAUUGGCUAGUCUGUAAUAAAUUAUCUUAUAGCAGC